AGGAUGAGCAGUGCUGUGUGACUGGGGCUGGUAGUGAUGGAAAUAGCAACAAGCAGAAACUGCCUGUGUUAAACAGGACUCUCUCUCUCUCUCUCUCCGCCCCUCUCUCUCUCUCUCUCUCUCUCUCUCUCUCUGCCUCCUGCACUGGUAAUCCUUACUCUGAUGACAAAAAAGGACAAUGGAAUAGCGUGGGCCCAGGUUUCAUUUCUCCUAGGCAGAGUGCUGUAGCAUCUUUAUAUACAGCAGUAGUUUCUUUUUUUUUGUUUUGUUUAAUGGGAUACUGUGCUCUUGCUUUACCUUCCAAUCGGACACAGCUAUAUGUCAAGAGCCUGUCUGCCUUCUAUAGAAAGUAAGGGCAGUCAAUUACAUCUGUUGGACUUUGGCGCAUUUCCAGUAUACUGUGUGUGUGUUUUUAUUUUUUUAUUUUAUUUUUUUACUGUACCGUUCCACCCCUGAUGUUGGAUCUGGCUUUCUUUUUGAGGAUUUCAGUGGAGAAGCUGUGAGCUGCAGAUCGUUCUUCUCCUAGGGAUUCCAGACGUUGAUGGUCUGUGAUCCCUGACCUAUCUUCAGAGUCUCCCCUCCCUCCCCUCCACCCCAAUCCCCCAAGUUCAAUACCAAGCCACUGUUCGAGCCGAGGGGCCAGGAUGGAGGUGGGCAUGCGGGUGACCCGCGGUGUAGACUGGAAGUGGGGUAACCAGGAUGACGGGGAGGGGCACGUCGGCACCGUGGUUGAAAUUGGCCGCCAGGGAAGCACCACCACUCCGGACAAAACAGUGGUGGUGCAGUGGGACAGCGGCACCAGAACCAAUUACCGGACCGGCUACCAGGGAUCCUUUGACCUGCUCUUAUAUGACAACGCACAGAUCGGUGUCCGUCACUCCAACAUCAUCUGUGACAGCUGUAAGAAGCACGGGAUCAUGGGAAUGCGGUGGAAGUGCAAAGUGUGUUUCGACUACGACCUGUGCACGCAGUGCUACAUGAACAACAAGCACGACCUGUCCCACACCUUCGAGCGAUACGAGACGGCGCAUUCGCAACCAGUGACCCUGACUCCACGGCAGAACCUUUCCCGCAUCAUUCUCAAGGGGAUUUUUCAGGGGGUGAAGGUUGUACGAGGACCAGACUGGGACUGGGGCAAUCAGGACGGAGGAGAAGGGAAGGUUGGGAAGGUGAUGGAUAUCCGUGGCUGGGACACUGAAUCAGGACGCAGCGUGGCCAGUGUGACCUGGACCAACGGAACCACAAACGUCUACAGGAUGGGCCACAAAGGAAAGGUGGACCUGAAAUACAUCACUGACAUUGCAGGGGGCUAUUACUACAAAGAUCACCUCCCUAAGCUAGGUGAGCACGCUGAACUUCAGCGACGGGACAGUGCAGAAGGCCACACAUUCCAGCAGGGAGACAAGGUGAAGUGUCUCCUGGAGGUGGACAUUCUGAGACAGAUGCAGGAAGGACACGGGGGCUGGAAUCCCAAAAUGGCAGAGUACACUGGCCGCAUAGGGACUGUGCACAGGAUCACAGACCGAGGUGAUGUGAGAGUCCAGUACAGCAAUAACAUCCGAUGGACUUUCCACCCAGGCGCCCUAACCAAGGUGAACACGUUUGGGGUUGGGGAUCUGGUGCGUGUGAUGGAUGAUAUGGAAAACGUGAAGCGUCUUCAGGUUGGCCACGGAGAGUGGACAGACAGCAUGGCACCGGCCCUGGGGCAGGUGGGGAAGGUGCUGAAGGUGUACGCAGAUGGAGAUUUAAGGGUGGCCUUGGGAGCACAGACCUGGACCUUUAACCCCGCGUGUCUCUCUGCGCAGCCAGUAGAGGGUGAUGCCAACCUCAUGACCACCGAUAACACUAACGACUCCGGAAGCACUGUGAUCUCUGUUCUGGAGAAGCUGCUGUCCCAGGCUACUGACCAGGAUAACCCUGGACGGCUGGUUAUCGAGGCUGCUCGUGGGAGUGCCAGCAAGGUCCGGGAUCUGCUGCAGAAAUACCCAGAAAAGGUUGAUGUAAAGAAUCAAGGGAAGACAUCUCUGCAGGUGGCAGCACACCAGGGUCACAUGGAGGUGGUGAAGGUGCUGCUGCAGGCCAAUGCCAGCAUUGAAAUCAAAGACGAGGAUGGAGACACGGCUCUGCAUUACACAGCGUUUGGGAAUCAGGCAGAGAUCGCCCGGCUACUCCUGAGUAAAGGAGCCGGAGUGAACCUGCUCAACACUUCCAUGUGCACGGCUCUGCACAUUGCUGUCAAUAAGGGUUUCACAGAGGUGGUGCGUGUGCUUUCAGAACACAAUGCUGACAUCAACCUACAGGAUUCCUACGGCGAUACUCCACUUCACGACGCCAUUGCUAAAGACUUCAGGAACAUCAUCGAGAUCCUGACCGACGUUCCCAACAUCGACUUCACCCAGCAGAACAACAGGGGCUUUAACCUUCUCCACCACGCGGCACUGAAGGGGAACAAACUAGCUAUGGAGAAGAUCCUGGCACGAGCACGCCAGUUAGCUGAUGUCAAAAAGGAGGAUGGCUUCUCUGCUCUGCACCUGGCUGCCCUAAACAACCACAGGGAGGUGGCUGAAGUCCUCAUCAAAGAGGGCCGCUGUGACAUCAACAUCAGGAAUAACCGUAACCAGACCCCCCUGCAGCUAGCCGUGACGCAGGGCCACGCCGAGAUGGUUCAGCUCCUGGUGACGGAAGGGGCUGACGUCAAUGUGGAAGACGAGGAUGGAGACACGGCCGUGCACAUCGCCCUGAGCCGGCAGCAGCUCGCAUCCACCAUGGCAGCCAUGGAGGGGGAGGGCUCCUCUCUCUACACCAGGCUGCAGGGCUCGGGGCUGUUAGGGAAUCAGGAGUUGAAUGUGGGCGCUGCGAUCGCCUGCUUCCUGGCCCAGGAGGGAGCCGACAUAAACUACGCCAAUCACAAAGGAAAGAGCCCGCUGGACCUGGUCACAGACGGGAUGAUAGUGCAGCUCAUCAAAAACUUCUCUGAGAAGCACAGGUUGCAGCAGCUCCAAAGCAACAGCUCUGGUCCGGUGGUGAGCAGCAGUCUGCGGAGAGUCCACACCACCCCCAACACCAUGACCAACCUGGCCAUGCCCUCCAUCCCCGGCCCCUCGGAGUGCCUCAUCUGCUCAGAGCUGGCCCUGCUGCUCCUCUUCUCCCCCUGCCAGCACAGCGUGGCCUGCGAGGAAUGUGCUCUACGCAUGAAAAAAUGCCUCAAGUGCCAGGUCACGAUAACAAAGAAAACCAGACAAGACAACACAGAGGUGGAGUGCAGCCCCAGCCCGGAGAACUCGGAGCAGAGCAACCUGCUGGAGCAGCUGCAGUCCCGUUAUCGGCAGAUGGAGGAACGCAUCACCUGUCCCAUCUGCAUCGACAACCACAUCAAGUUGGUGUUCCAGUGCGGCCACGCCUCCUGCAUCGACUGCAGCGCCGCGCUCAAGACCUGCCCCAUCUGCCGGCAGACCAUCCGCGAGCGCAUCCAGAUCUUCGUCUGACCAGCCAGCGCCCCCUGCUGGGGCUGGGCUGGCUUUGAAAGAAGAAAAAAAAAUGGGUACAUUAUAUAUGUGCCCACAUCCCUCGGAGAUGUAUCUCUCGUUUACUCCCCUCCCCACCCCUCCUUCUGGCUCGUUCCUUUUCUUUUAAUUAUGUUUUUAUACCUGUGGCUGUGUCAAAGUAUGAUGCCAUAGUCUCGUUUUUUUUUCCCCCCCAGUGUUUCAUAUGGAUCUAAUACAUCCAGUGCUGCUUAAGUGUAGCCUUCUGCUAUUGACUAACACAACAUCAUGUAAGUAACAGUCAAUGAAUGUUAACAUAGUUCCAUCACCUAUUCCAUUGAUAUGCAAAAGAGCUAUAUAUAUAUGUAUAUUGUAAAAAUAAUGAGUAAUAUGUAUUUGUGGUUUAGCAUAGCUAUAAUGAGUACUGUUUAUUUAUAUAUGAAGAAUCAAUACCGUAUUUUAUCUGAUGGGGAAAAUUAUUUUGCCGUUGCUCAAAAAAAAACUUCAUUUCACACCUCAUAACAAAACAUUCUGUUUAUAAAACAGUUAACUCAGGGUCUUGGGUAAAGACUAAUCGAUCGACGACUUCGCAUCCAGAAACAAGAGAGAGAAAUGCAUUGUAUUUUUCAACCAUCAUUUAUAGGUCCCUGGGAGAAUUACUUUUUUUUUUUGGUACAGGAAGGUGUUGCAGAAAUUUCGCUUGUCUGGAAAAUUACCGAUUUUCCCACUAUUGGUUUGAACAAACUUUUGGAAGAUGGAGUUCAGUCCAUUUGUUUUGUGUUACUUUGCCGACACUUUUAGAUUUAUUCACCCAUAAAAAUCUCACUACUGCUUGUGCUUUAGAUUUGAAUCAUGGCACUUUUAUCAAAACAACAAAUGUGAUCAGCAAAAACUCAGCAUGACAUAAUUCCCAUUGUCUAUUCAUUUGCCUUUCUUUAAAGCCACUGUAAGGAUAGCAGAGACAUAACUUAUAUGUAAUCCCAGCCUGUUAUGGAAUAGGUCAUUUGAAAUAGAUGCAAGUUAAAGCAUUUGAGGAGUCAGAAUGAAUUCAGAGGGUCUAGUUUUUUCCCCCAUCUCUGUGUUACCUUUUAAAUAUGCAUAAAGUACACAAAUGCAAGAUAUAAAUAUGAAUAAUGCAAUCCAGUAAGCGCCCUCCUUAGACCACUAACGGAUCCUUUCAAUAUGGAGACAAGCGCCCACUAUUAGGAGCAGGUCUCUAAUCAGCCCAUUUUACUCUGUCCCUCUAGUGGUCAAAUUACAGAGAUUGCACUGUAAAGAGCAUGUUGAUUUAUUUAAUGCAGUUUAAACAAACGGCAAUACAAGGCCAGUUUCUAAGGGAGUGAGCAUUAGGAUUGCUAUGCAGAAGACGCAUUGGCAAACGCAGUGUUCUUUCGGAGAUCCACAUACUGCACCAGCAUUUUCAACCCUGAACCAAAUCUCAAUGCAGAAACCGCAUGGAGCUUUGCCUGCCUGCAUCUUCCAUUUCUCAUCAAAACCAGAUUUUUUUUAAACUGUAAAGAUUCGGACGAGAACAACUCAGAAGCCCGGAUGGAAGAGAAUGCAAUUGCGAACUUCCUUAAAUGUAUUUUUAAAUGGCUAAAAAUGUUGUUUUGGUUUUUCAGAUGUGUGUUAAUAGUUGUCUUGUGGAACACAACUGUGCAGAAGAGACUUAUUUUGUCAUUUUCAUCUUAACCAGCUGCAUGCAUUCAUUCAUUCAGCGCUACAGGAAUAUGUUGCUUCCCUGUACCUGCCAAGAGAUUAGAAACUUAAAUCCAGUGGGCAGUAGGAAAAUAAUGUUUCAAAAGGGCUUGUAGUGUUCUAAACUUCGUGUAAUCUUACAGAUUAGUUACAUCUCUGCUUUUAGCCUCUUUGCAGACUCACCCGAAUGCUUUUGGAAUUGCAGGUCCUGUAGGAAACGGUGGUGAAUUGUAGUUUCAGAAACGUUUUACUCUGCCUUUGUAAAAAUAAAUUAAAUAAAUAAAAAUUGAAGGUUUACUUCCAGGAGUAAAAACUUCUCCAGUGCCAAGCUAACAGGGGUUGAAUGUCGAUGACUCCCAACUAGGAACAGAGUUGUACACAAAGGAACAGUCAAAUUUUUACAUCUGUGUAAAGUGCUCUACUCUACAGAAGUACAUGUUAAUAUAUAUUAUUUAUAUGUAAUCAUAUCUCAUUAGGGAGGGAUGUUUUGAAGAGUCACGGUCAAUGGUACAUUUUUUGUAGCUGGUUGGCAAAGAACGAUACCUCUUAGGAAAGGGUUUUUUUUUUUGUUUGUUUGUUUUUUUUUUAAUUGCCGUGCUCGAGGUUACAGUAUUCCAAAAGGUAUGAAAGGUCUAAAAAUACGGAAGAAAAUUUAACUUCCCAAUUUUUGUGUUGCAAAGAUUUUACUUUGUGUAAUUGUUGCUUAUUAUUUUUCGGAGCCAAACAUAUUAUUAUUAUUAUUAUUAUUAUUAUUAUUAUUAUUUUAAGAAAAUAAGUCAAACAAAAACUAUUUUUGUUGUUGUUUCUUUUUAAAAUGAUAGCUCUUUAAAUGUGGUAUUCCCAGAAAGAGAAGUACUAGAAUGCAGAUUGUGCCAGUGCUCAAAGAAGCAAGAAGGUUUGCAGCGAUGCAUUGAGAAGUUUGUUUUAAAAAUCCAAACACAUACAUAGUUACAGCUGGUGUUUCUGCAGCACUUCUUCUGUUGUUGGCCUUAUUGUUCAGUACUCCCAUGUUUUUGGUUUUUUUUUCUGUAAAAAAUAUUUUGCAAUAAAUAUGGAACUGUUUUAUAAGAAA